UCCAAACACACCACUAACAUCAGCUAAGAGACUGCCUUUUCUGGUAUCUGAAAACUGCCAGAAUCUGACGUCCUCAACCUCAACAGACAAACUGCACGACCGCCAGACUAGUAGUUGGGUCGGUGACGACCAGUGAGAAUUCCUGGUGUUGUAUGAUUUUGGCUCCUUGACAACCCCUCAUUUUCCUCUAUUACACUGCUCAAGCACGUCAGGGAUACCCUAGCUGCUUCAAGCUAAAAGGCAAGUGGUGUCAAUUCGUCAGACUGACAUCACUCCAACAUGGCGCGCCGCUUGCGAUUGAGCCACUGUCGAUAGAUGGUCGGUCUUUGGAUCGGCGUCGGGUGGUCAUGCAUCUUCGUGGAAACCCCCCCAAAAAGGUGAUAUCCCGUCAACAGCUUUGCGCGAACCGAAUCCUCCCAUACUACCUAUCGUCGCCCACCUGCCUUACACGAUGGAUCUCGUUUUGAUGGUGAUGUUUGCCGCUCUGACCGGUUGUUCUACCAGCUUCCAGCGUGGUGACGAACUCUCAGCCCAUGAUAGGCGUGGGAAGGCUGAUGCCCCUAAAAGCUACUCACCAGCACAUGUCCCUUGCCCCGAGAUGCGUCCGUAUAUCCGGCCCGCUGAUGGGUUGUCGUUCCAAGAAGCAGCAUGGUUGGGUCGGAGGGGCAAUGCCACCAUGCCGGCCUUGGUGGAUGUGCUGGAAAGGGCCGCUAUCACGGGCCUGGAUAUCAGAGUCUACCUUCAGAGCCUUCUAGAUAGUGGUCUGGGUCUGCCAAGAAUAGGGAUAGCUGUGUCCGGUGGGGGAUAUCGUGCUCUGAUGAAUGGUGCGGGCGCAAUAUCCGCAUUCGAUAACCGCACCUCCGGCUCGACCGCGCCAGGCCGUCUAGGGGGCGUGCUCCAGGCAGCCACCUACCUCAGCGGACUGUCCGGAGGAAGCUGGCUAGUUGGCAGCAUCUACACUCAGAACUUCACCACGGUGGAUUCUAUUAUCCACGCCAACGGAGGCUUCUUGAGUGAGCUUUGGGAAUUCAACGAGAGCAUCAUCGAAGGACCGGCCACCUUAUCUGUCGGUGACUAUUACCGAGAGCUUCUGGACACGGUGAACGACAAGUUCGAUGCUGGUUAUAACACAACCAUCACGGAUUACUGGGGCAGGUCAUUGUCAUACCAGCUCGUCAAUGCCACUGAUGGGGGUCCGGGAUACACGUAUUCUUCCAUCGCCAACGAUACGGCCUUCAUGGAAGCCUCGAUACCAAUGCCCAUUAUCGUGGCGUUGGAGAGACCCUCUGGGCAGCUUCUAAUAUGGGAGAACUCGACUGUCUUUGAGUUCAAUCUGUGGGAGAUGGGAUCCUACGACCCGGGGAACCCGGCCUUUGCGCCGUUGCGAUAUGUCGGAUCGCGGUUCACAAACGGGAGCCUCUCUGCCGACAGCGAGUGCAUUGCCGGAGUUGACAACGUGGGUUUUGUUAUGGGCACGUCGUCGUCACUAUUCAACCAGGCACUCCUGCAGCUCGCGAGGACCGAAGGCGCGCCGGAUCUCCUCGUCCGAUCCUUAAACGCCACUUUGUCCAGGAUCGGCGAAGAGAAUAGGGAUGUUGCAAACUGGCCCAACCCCUUCUUCCAGCAUAACAUCAAGAACAAUCGGAACGCAAACUCGUCCGUCCUUAGCCUGGUCGAUGGUGGCGAAGACCUGCAAAACAUACCGUUGCAUCCAUUGCUCUGGUCCCAUCGCCACGUCGACGUGAUCCUCGCAGUCGACAGCUCGGCCGACACCCCAACCCACUGGCCCAACGGCACGGCUCUCGUGGCGACGUACGAGCGUACAGUCGCUAAUUAUUCAGAGCACAACGCCGCGGCGUUCCCAUCCAUCCCAAAUCAGAACACAUUUGUGAACCUUGGACUCAACUCUCGUCCGACGUUCUUCGGCUGCGACCCGGUGAACAUGACCGGACCGGGCCCUCUGGUUGUCUACCUUCCCAAUGCCCCAUACACAUACUACUCCAACGUCUCCACGUUUGACAUGGAGUAUACCACCGAGGAGCGGCAAAAUAUCAUCUACAAUGGCUACAACGUCGUGACAAUGGCCAACGCCAGCGUGGAUGCUCAGUGGCCUGCUUGCUUAGCAUGUGCAAUCCUCUCGCGGAGCUUCCACCGCACCAAAUCCGGGUUCCCGGCCGUUUGUGUUGACUGUUUCAACAGAUAUUGUUGGAACGGUACUGUCAACUCAACGACGCCCGCGGCGUACGAUCCUGGCCGGAUCGUUAAAUCGUCGGGUGCCCACAGUCGAACAGCUUUCUCAAUUCUUUUCUACGUUGUAAUCGUCUGGUUGUUCUCGGCGUGAUUCUACUAUGGUUUGAUCCCUAUAUUUUCUGUCGCAGAACAGGGGCACCAGGAUGGAUUCUAUUGGGUUUUGGUGAGCCUCGGUCUCAAUUGCAAUGAAACACUCAAGCUCAAAUUCUAAAAGGGACUCGUUGAAGUCUCAUACAUGCUUAUCCAGCCU